AUGUCUUUGGCGGGUCAAAGCGCGGUAGUUUUUGGAGGCUGCGGUGGCAUGGGAAUAGCCAUAGGGCAACAUCUGCUCAAAGAGGGGGUGAAGAAACUGUUUAUUCUUGACGUGGUGGAGUUGUCCGAUGCGAGCACAACGCACCUGAAGGAACAAAGCCCUGAUGCAAUGGUUCUAUCUAAAACCUGCGAUAUCUCCAUUCGAGCGGAACUGAAGCAGAUUUUGGAGAAGGAUGUAUUGGCGGCACUAGGAUCGAUAGACAUUCUGGUGAACUCGGCCGGGAUUGUGGAGAGUGAUGUACCCGAUAAACUGAUCGGAGUUAAUCUGACGGGUAUAAUCAACUCGUGCCUGAUUGCACUUAAUAUAAUGUCCCGCGCAAAGGGCGGUAAAGGUGGCGUGAUAGUGAAUGUGGCAUCGACGGCAGGACUUGAACCGAUCGCAUUUCUUCCCGUGUAUUGUGCGUCAAAGCAUGGCAUAAUUGGUUUUACACGCUCAAUAGGGGUUCAACCCGUCUUCAUGGAAACUGGUGUAAAGUUUAUAAUCAUUUGUCCGGGCGGGACACGUACGCGAAUGUUUGAAAGUGUAAAAAAAUUGUCCAUCGAGAUAGAGGCGUUGCAAACAAUGUUCCGAGAGUUCAAGCAUCCGUACGCCCCGCAAAGCCCAGAUGUUGUGGGAGCCUGCGUGGUACAAGCUAUCGUACAGGGAGAGAACGGUUCAACUUGGAUCUGUAACGAUGGCAAGAUCUCUAUCCAUAACUACCCACCGUCUCAAUAUUUGUGA